UCAUUUCCGCUUCCGACGUGCUUGUGACCAGUCAAUGAAUUUGGCAUAAAGACUUAAAUCCAUCAGCAUGUCAGGGGCUGGCAGUAAGCGAACAGCAGGGGAUGCUGGCUCCUCAGCACCCCCAGAGAAGAAGGCAACAGUGGAGGAUUCUGGAACCACUGUGGAGACAAUAAAACUCGGAGGUGUCUCAUCAACUGAAGAGCAGGAUUUGCGCACCUUACAGGUUAAGAACAAGAAACUGGCUGGUAUGCUGGAUCAGAGACAAUCGAUAGAGGAUGAGUUACGUGAUCGUAUUGAAACUCUGGAGAGAAGGCAAGCGACAGAUGAUGCGUCUCUCCUCAUUGUCAACCGCUACUGGAGUCAGUUUGAUGAGAACAUUGGUAUUCUCUUGGGUCGUUAUGAUUUAGAUCAGGAUUUGGGGGAAUUUUUAAGUGAACGCAAAGCGUUGGUAAUUCCUGAACCUGAACCGGAUUCUGACAGUAACCCAGAGCGCAAAGACAGUGAAAGAGAAAGAGGUGAGGGUAUAUGGGAAGCUCCUCUCUCCUUUCUGGCCACCCUGGCCAGUAGCAGCAGUGAAGAGAUUGAGUCUCAGCUUCAGGAACGAGUGGAAUCCUCACGCCGUGCAGUUUCUCGCAUUGUAUUAGUGUAUGAUCGUCUGCAUGCACGGCUGGAUCAGCUCUCUGUUAAACUCAACAGCACAGACCCAUCACUAAUGGAAGAGGCUGUCAGAGAUCUGAACUCUCUGCUGUCAAAUGAGAAUGUGCGCUUGCAGGAGUUAUGCAACUUGCUUCAAGAGAAGCAGCAGAGUAUGACUCAGGAGUUUUCUCAGCUGCAGUCUCGGUUAGAGAGCGCAGAGUCUCGAGUCUCUGUUUUGGAUGGUCUCAUUGAGGAUUUGCAGUGGGACAUUGAUAAGGUUCGGAAGAGAGAACAACGUCUGAACAGGCACUUAUCUGAGGUCCUUGAGAGGGUAAACUCAAAAGGUUACAAGGUUUAUGGAGCAGGAAGCAGUCUGUAUGGAGGGACUAUCACCAUUAACUCAAGGAAGUUUGAAGAAAUGACUGCCGAAGUGGAUUUAAAUAAGGAGCUGGCUGGGAAUCGUCUUCAGGAGCUUGAGAAACUGAAACAGGAUUUGCAGGAAGUUACAGCAGAGAACCAAGAUCUGCAGUCAGAAUUAGCAAUUGCUGUUGAAGACAGUGUGCGUGUGUCGCCAGAAUACCGCUGUAUGCAGUCCCAGUUCUCUGUUCUGUACAAUGAAUCUUUACAACUAAAGGCUCAGCUAGAUGAGGCACGGUCUCUGUUACAUGGAACACGCAACAAUCAUCACCGUCAGUUGGAGCUCAUUGAGCGUGACGAAGUGGCUCUCCAGAAAAAGGUGCGCACUGAGGUAAUUCAGCUUGAAGACACACUAGCUCAGGUGCGCAAAGAGUACGAGAUGCUGAGGAUCGAGUUUGAACAAACACUGGCAGCCAAUGAACAAGCGGGUCCAAUAAACAGAGAAAUGAGACACCUUAUAAGCAGUCUACAGAACCACAAUCACCAACUAAAAGGAGAGGUGCUACGUUACAAGAGACGAUUGAGAGAAAUCCAAGGAGAUAUUAGCAAGAUUCGAGCUCGUACCAGCAGCGGUCUGUUCCUGCUAUCCUCACAGUCCAGUGUAGAUGAAUCUAAAGAAGAAACGGUAGAAAUAAAGAUAGAGCCUGAAGAGACUGAACCACCUACUCCUACCCCGUCCCAGCCUGAGACCACUGUAAAACGAGAAGAGGAGGAGACACAGCCGGCACCAGCACAGCAGCAGCAGAGGGAUAAGCGAGAUAGGGAACGAGAUCGUGAAAGAGAACGAGGACGCGAUAAGGAAAGAGGAGACAGUUCAAAAGAAAAACCAAAGCAUGAAACAGAAACCAAACGAAAGGAAACAGAAAAUAUUAAGCAGUUGAAAGCAGAACUGAAGAGAGUGCAAGAGUCUUUGCGAGACAUGAAGCUGCUUCUAGACAUGUACCGGUCAGCACCUAAGGAGCAGAGAGACAAGGUGCAGCUUAUGGCAGCAGAGAGAAAAAGUAAAGCAGAGUUGGAGGAGCUGCGUCAGCGUCAUAGAGAGCUGGAAGAAAGGGAACGCAGGGAUAGCAAAAAAAUGGCUGAUGAAGAUGCUUUACGCAGAAUGAGAGCAGCUGAGGAACAGACUGAAGCUUUACAAAAGAGACUAUCUACGGCUAAGCAGGAGGAGGACGCACUGCUUUCAGAGAUGGAUGUAACAGGACAGGCCUUUGAGGACAUGCAGGAGCAGAACAUACGUCUGAUGCAGCAAUUGAGGGAAAAGGAUGACGCUAAUUUUAAAUUAAUGUCUGAGAGGAUCAAAUCAAACCAGAUCCAUAAACUGCUCAAGGAAGAGAAGGAAGAACUGGCGGACCAGCUACUCACUCUGCGUACCCAGGUUGAUGCUCAGCUGCAGGUCUUGAGGAAACUGGAAGAGAAGGAACACUUACUCCAGAGCAGUAUAAGUACGGGGGAGAAAGAGCUAACUCUGCGCACGCAGGCUCUGGAUCUUAGUAAACGCAAGGCAACGGAGGCUUCUCAGCAAGCGGAAGAGCUGCGCUCUCAGCUGGACAUUUCUCAGAAGAAGUUGCGAGAGUUGCGUGACGAAAUCAUAGAGAACAGUUCAAGCAGAGAAAAGGAUUCAUUCAACUACAAGAGGGCACAGGAGGAUCUUUCUCGUCUUCGGAAGAAACUGGAAUCCACUAAAAAACCUGAUCUGGUGCCAACUUGUGAUAAGAUACUGAUGGAAGAAAUAAAAGAAUGCAAGGCCCGGCUCACUUGUCCAUGUUGCAAUUCUCGGAAGAUGGAUGCUGUCCUUACAAAAUGUUUCCACGUCUUCUGCUUUGAGUGCGUGAAGACUCGAUACGACACAAGACAGAGAAAGUGCCCCAAGUGCAAUGCAGCUUUUGGAGCGAAUGACUUCCACCGCAUCUACAUUGGUUGAAUUAACUCAAAUGGCGUUAAUAGGCACAUUAAUGAGUUUUCAAAACCGCACAACAUAGGUCACUUAUAAGCAACCUCUCAACCUCAGAGAUGUGCUCCGAGUUUUAAAGAAAAGCUGCCUAGGACAUAAUAUCUAGUUCAAACAAGUUUCUCAUUACGGGGAAAAAAAAACAUCUUGUGGAGUGCCUCCAUUUAACACAUGUUCCCGAUUACUGAUGCUUGGAAUUAGACCAGAGUGAAAUCACACAGUCAAAGUCGCUAGCAAUGAGUGGGUUCGUUGAGUAUCUACAUGCAGUGAAAUAAAUGGUUACCCAUUAGUGACGUUUUUAAAUAACUAGUGGGUUAGAAUUCAUACAAGGAAUUUUUGAAGCUGCCUUUACUUACUUUAUGAGCAUUGGGUAUAACGAACUAUAGUUAUAGAAGGUUCUGCUAGUCUUUGUAUUUGUGGUUUUAUAAUUAAUUAUCUGUGUAUUGAAAAUUAAAUGAAUUGGAUAGGCCA